AUGGGAAAAUCAUCUAUAUUUAAUCAAAAAAGAGCAAACUUUACAGACGAAAAUAAAAUAUUUAUCAGGGAACAAUCUGAUAAAUACCAAAAAUCAACAUCGAGAGAUGAAAAAACGAAUAUAAUCAAACAAGUUCUUCAAUAUUUUAAUAUUAAAUACGCCGAAAAUGAAUCUAAAGCUGUCAGAAGAUAUUUUAGUUAUAUUGCAGUUAAAAAUAUUCCCGCAGUUACUGGAAAAUAUCCUGAUACAAUUGUUCGCAAAGAUAUGCUUUAUUCGCAUGAUCAUACAAAUAUUAUUAAUUCAAAUAAUAUUGAACGUUACUACCGUUGCAUCGAUCAUUCUUGUCAAGCACGUUAUUUAGUUAAAAUUGAGAACAGUUCAGUUUCCGAAGAUUUACAAAAGGAACAUAUACCCGAAUGCAGACAAUUUAAAAAGUUACAAAAUGAAAAAAAUGAUCUUCAUAAAUCAAUGACUCUGACAGAAAUAUACAAUAAGGCAAUGGCAAAAUUUUCUGAAGACAACGGCACUUUUCAGCAGAUUAAAAAAUUUAUGACAGAACUUGCUGUUGGUACUGAUGAAAACCCAUUAAUUAAAGAUUCAUUGGUCAGGGAAGUUUAUAAUAAGUCCAGAAAAUUUUCUGUUGGAGAAAAAAUUACAGACGAUGAAAUUGCUAAUUUUUGUUUAAUAAAUGGCGAGCAGUUUUUCAUUGGCCAUGAUUUUCAAGCAAAUUGUGAGACGAUGUUUUUUGGUUUUGAGAAGGCAAUUCAAUUUGCAAAAGAAGCCACAGAUUUAUUUUGCGAUGGAACUUUUAAAAUUACACCAAAACAUUUUCAAAAAGGACAGAUGCUAACAAUUAUGAUUUGUGAACCUUCAACAAAUCAAUAUCUACCACUUUUAUUUAUAUUCAUGAAAAACCGCACAUUUGAAUCUUAUAAGAAGGCAUUUGAAUAUAUUUUUACUGUCAAGGGUAUUCAAUUUUCAAAGCUAAUUCAAAUUCAUUGUGAUUUUGAAAAGGGAAUGAUAGAGGCACUUCAACAAAUUUUCCCUAAAGUCCGUAUAAUUGGAUGCCUAUUUCAUUUCAAACAAGCUUUACACAGGAAACUUGUAGCACUUUAUACAAAAAAUUUCAAUACUUUACAAAAUUCUUUAUUUAAGCUAUAUUCUAUUACUCCAUUCAUGUCUCAUGAAGAAUUUGUACUUACAAUGCAUAUAAUUAAUCAAAAUAAAGUUGAUUCGAUCAAAGAUUAUAUUGAUUAUUUCAACAAAGUUUGGUUGCCGCACUACAAUUUAAUAUCUCAAUAUAAUAAUGCAACUGCAAUAUUCACUAAUGAUUGCCUCGAGAGUAUGCAUUCAGAAUUUUCUUCGUUAAAACAUCCAAACAUUUAUGAAGCUAUUAAGAAGAUAUCUCAAAUCCAAUUAGAUAAAUAUAACGCCAUCAAAAAUAACCAGAAGAUCGAGCGCCAUAUAAAAACCGUUAUCACUGAUAGCUACAAAAAUUAUAUUCUUGACUGCUUUCAAAAAGAACUUGAGAAAACAAUUUUUUCUAUCAAACAAUACAACGUAA